AUGGAUGAAAUUUAUUAGCUAGUUAGAAUAAGAAUAAGCAAAGUUCAUGAGCUAAAUAAAGUUUUAUCAACUUAAAAUGAAUAGCUUAAAGUAGAAGACAUCCGUAAAGCUAAAGAAGAUGAAAAAUUUAGAACAGAAAAAGAAAAUUGGAUACUUAACGUGUUAAAAGCUUUAAAAGACUAUACUUUUGAAUAAAAACAGAUAUUAUGCGAAAAAUCACUUGAUAUAAUGAAACUAAUUUGGCCAGAAUUUCAAUUAAAAAGCACACUUCAGUAUGAUGAAGAUUUCAAUAAAAGAUUUUUAGAUAUAUAUUUAAAAAUUUUUACUGAGUUUUUUUCUCCUUUUGAACAAGCAUAUGAAUUUAGAUUAACUCUUCGUUAAGUUGCAAGAUCUAAUAAUAUUUCAAUUGUGCCUGAUAUGUUGAAAUACUUAGUAGAGUUCUCUAGAGAUUAUUUUAAAAAAUUUAUGAUAUAUUUAUCAAUACAAAGAAAUAAGCAGACAGGAAGUAAUUAACAAGGAGGAAUAUAGUAAACGCAAAAUAGUUAAAAUAAUAAUUAAAAUUCAAUAAACAAUCAAAAUAAUACCUAUUAACCAACCAAGUAAAAUUAAAGGUCAAAAUCCUAAAUUCCUUGUACUAAUUACUCUGAUAAUUAACAUUCUAGUCUUAAAAUAUAACUUUCAAAAGUUGGAGCUGUUAUUUAAAACAAUAUCAAUGAAACAGAAAACAAAAUUUCUUAACUCUCUUCUAAAGCAGAAUCUUAUGAUAAUAAUAAUAAUAUUAUCUUAAAAAAAAAAUCAAUUUCUCUUACCAAAUAAAAUGAAGAUAUUAAGCUUAUUGGAAACAUUUUAAAAUAGUUUAAUGAUGACCAAGCAUAGCAGCAAAUACCUAAAACUGAUUUAAUUUAUGCAAAAGAAGAAGAAUAGUAAAAGGAAAACGAACUUUCUUGUAAAAAUAGUGUAAAAGAUAACUACAUUGAUUUUAAAGAAAUUUAGAAUUCUAAACAAGUCAACAACGAAAAUGAAAAUAAAAGAAGAAAGAGCUUAUUAGCAAAACAAGUCCAGUAGCAAGCUAGUUCUCCACUAAAAUUAAUAUAAAAUAAAAAAUCUAUUCCAACUGAAGGUCCUUUUUAAGAUGAAAAAAUAUCUCCUAGACAAACUCCUAUGAAUAUUAGUAAUGCCAGAUCACCUCUAAGAUAAAGGCUAAACAAUUAAGGAAAUCCUAGUACUUAGCAAGUUUAAUCCAAUUUAAUUUAUAAUCCUUCAAUAAAAAAAAGUGACCUCUCAGUCUUUCCUUCUACUCUUUAGAUAUCAUGGUUUGUGUCAAAAGAGAAAGAAAUGAAGAUAACAAAACAAACAAAUGUUAAUUCUGUGAUAUCAGAUAUAGAUUUUUCAAAUAUUUAGACUUUCAAUGAGAAAAUGAAGAGAGCAAAAGGAGUUGAUGAUAUAAAAUUAGUAUACAUUUAAAUAUACGAAUAAUCUAAGCAGAGAAAUCUAUAUAUAAAUAGCACUGUUUAGAAUUAUAAUGAUAAAUAUAGAAACAAGUUUCCUAAAAAAAUAAAAUAAGUAAAUGAAGAAAGAGAUAAAGAAGAUAGAGAGUUAUAUGCUAAUACUAUUUAUUAAUCUUCUAUUUUUUAAUAAUAUUUCUUUUCAUAAAAUGAGGAUUUAUUAAAUUUUUAGAAGAAGGGAGAUUUGGGAAAUUUCUCAUAAGUUGCUACUUAAAAGAUGUUUAUAGUUAAAUCAGCUGCUACUAAAAAUAGGAAAUAUAAUUCACAAGUACUUACUCCACCUCCUAGUUAUAUUUAAAAUUCUACUUUAUAUAUGAACAGUAGUUAGAAAACAAAUAAUUCAAUAAAUGUAAAUAAUUAAAUUACAAAUCAAUAAUAAAUAUCAAACAAUGCAACACCUUUACAAUAAGCGUCAUAAUCAAUAAAUAGUUAAUAAAAUUAAAUCCUAAACAAUAACAUUUAUAAUAAUUCAAAUGUCAGUAAACCUAAAACCGUCUCCUGCUUAAACUAAGUACAAACUUAUUCUUCUACAGUGUAAUAAUAACAGAGAGCAUUCUCGCCUUCUAAAUAUCAUAAAAUAGAUCAUACAAAUUUACAAAAUAAACUAAAAAUUAUUAGGUUAACUAAUUCUAGAUGCAACUCUGCUCUUAUGAGACCUAAAAUAAGCCAAAAUAAUUAAAAUUUAGAAACAAAUAAUUUGGUUCCUAUUGAAACUUUAAAUAAUUUUGAAGAAAAGUAAACAGAAAUAAUACCAAAUAGUUGUCAUGAAAUAAAGAUAUCAUAAAGAAACUGUGAUCAAUCAACUACAGACUAAUCUUAAACAUUAAGAUAAAAAUCUAACAGUGUUUUGCAUACUAAUAAAUAAUCAACUGAUAUUUAGCAAUCAUUUCUAGGAGAUACUAUUUUGCAAACUUAAUAGUCAAGAAACGAUUAUUGUAUAUAGGGAACAGACUUCAUUAUUAAAACUUAAAGUUUUUAAGAGUUAGAUGAUGAAGUAGAUGAUAAAAAGUUUAAUGAGGAAAAUUCAGUUAUGGAAGCAAGCUUUUGUCAAUAAAACACAAAUUCAAAAUAAAAUUCAACAAAAAAAAUUGGCAAUGUUAUCAAUAUAUAAGAUGAAAACGAAUAAGGAUAAAUAUAUGUUACAAAUAAAACUCCUAAUUCAGAUAAUAACUUUAAAAACUAAUCAGAAAGUGUAAUCAAGCAAAAGUUAGAUAAAUUUUUAGAUUAAGAUUUAGAUUAUGAUGAAAGUCCUUAAUCUCCAACAAGCGAAUCAGCUGCUUGCUACUUUGUCUUUUCUAAAAAGAAGAAAAAAAGUAGUAAAAAGGUGAAUGAUUAGGAUACUGGUUAGAAUAAACGAGCCUAAAGCUAACAAAGCCAAGUCGUUACAACUAUUCUAAAAGAGUUUAACUCUUCCCCUCAAUAAAAUCACUUAAAAAUGAAUAAAACAUAAAAAAUUAGCUUUAAAUACUAAAAUUCUUUUUAAUCUGUAAAUUAAGCAUAUCCUAUAAUAAGGGACUUUGAUUAAAUGAAUUCUAAAGGCUAGCAAGCUUAGUAAUAAUAAUUAUAAGCAUAAGAAAAAAUUGAAGAAUCAGAACAAAACAAAUAAAACUAAAAAAGAGAAUCUGCAGAAGUUUCAAGCUGCUCUUCAACUAAUUCAUAAAAUAAUUAAAAUUUAUAACAAUAAAAUCAAAAAAAUAAUAAUAAAUAUUAAAUGAGCCAAACUUAAGCUAACAAUCUAAAUGGAAACAAUUUUAAUUACAAUGAGAUUUUUGUGGCAUAGUAAUAAAAUUAAUCAAAUAGGCUUCCUUAAAUAAACUAAUCAAACAACAAUAUUAGCAAAUUAAAUUAUUUUCAAUAAAAUGGUAACGAAAUUAAAAUAUUAUAAUAAAAUGAAGAAGAGAUUUAGAAAAGUAGAAUGCGAAAUUAUCAAAAUUAACCUUAUAUAAAGAAAACACAAGAUUAUUCUAACAUGUUGGCUAAUAACCCAAAUUAAAAUUUAUAAAAAGAAUACUCUUUAGUUAAUAACUAAUUUAGCAAUAAUAAUAUAACCAAUAGCUAAUUUUCGAGUUAAUUAUAAUAAUUAACAUAUUAAUCUAAUAAAAAUGGUUUGUAUAAUAAUAUUAAUUAUUAAUAUUAGCAACCAGAAGACCAAAUGAAGAUAAAUUAUCCAUAAAAUUUGAAUGUUAUGACAGAUAAAUUUAAGAAUUUGCUUUUAUAGAAAAUAAACAAAAUAAAAGGAGAAAAAUAGUAAUAAGCUACUGAAUAAAAUGGAAAUAAUCAAAAUGGAGUUAUGGGUGGAACAAAUGGAAUUCCUCUUAAGAUUUUACAAUAGACUCAGAUGUAAAAUUCUAUUUUAUAAUAACCUUAAAAUGCAUAAGCAUUUUCAGUUUCUUAGUCUAAAAUAUUGUAAAAGUAUCCAAAUAAUAUUAAUUAAUAAAACACAAAUUCUAUAUCGUCUACAUAACCUUCUAGAAUAAAUAAUUUUAGUUAAUAAUAAGCUAUUUAAAAUUAAGAUAACUCAAAAUCUAGACCACCAAGUAAUAACUAAUUAGAUUCAGAUAUGAAAUAGUUAAAUUAAAUAUCUAAUACAGUGCCUAUAAGAAAAACUAAAAAUAUUAGCUUUUCUGUGGAUAAUUAGGGUUAGACCUUUAUGCAAAACAAUUAAAAUAAAGUAAACAAUUAAAAGAUUGCUUAACAAAUAAAUACAAUAAAUAGCAAUAAUGUUAAUCAGCUCAUAACAAACCAAGAACAAAUAUAGUAAUUGGUUAUUCAACCAAAAAAUAGCUCUAAAGAUAUUUUUAUUUCAACCUAAAGUAGAUAAAAAUAUUAAUAAAAUUCUUUUUCUAACACUUCUAAAAAAAUGAAUCCUCAAAAAAAUUAUUCUGCUAUUUAAAAUUAACAGACCAUUUAAGCUGUUUAACAGCUAGUAAUGAAUGUAAAUUUUACAAAUAAUACCUAAAACACACAGCUUAAAGCUGGUUAGAAUGCCCUUUAAAAUUUAAUUGGAUAAUCAAAUAUGAAUAUCUAAAAAACAAACAACUGCUUUAAUAUGAAACUGCUUAAAGUUCAAGGAAACACAAUAAAUAAUGAUAAAAAGCAGGAAGGAUUAGUAGAAAAAGGUUUUAAAAGCAUUUAAUAAGACAUAAAUAAAUAAUUCACAACAAGUUUAGUUACAUAAUUACAACCUUUCUUUUAACAACAUCUGAUAUAAUAAUAAAAAUGA